CGGUCAUGAAGCUCUCUGUCUUGGCAUUCGUUACUGGAUUUGCGGCUAUCGCCCUUGCCGCCCCGGCCCCUGUCUCACAUGUUGUGCACGAGAAGCGAGAAACUCAGAUGAACAAGUGGUCUCGUCGGAGUGAUCUCAAACUGAAUGGCGAUGCUAUCAUCCCAAUGUCCAUUGGGUUGACGCAGCGGAAUCUCGAUAGUGGGUAUGAAUUUUUGAUGGACGUCUCUCACCCUACGUCACCAAACUAUGGCAAGCACUGGACAUUUGAUAAGAUCAAAGAGAGGUUCGCCCCAUCAACAACCACUAUUGCUGCAGUUAAGGAGUGGCUCGUCGAUAGCGGCAUUGAUUCCGAGAGAAUCAAGAUGUCCAAAAGUCUCACUUGGAUCAAGUUCGAUGUGACUGUCGAGGAGGCCGAGUCCCUUCUUCAAACGGAAUACGGCAUCUAUACUCACGCCACGACAGGCAAAGACCACCUGGCCUGCGAAUCAUACAGCUUACCAGCGCAUAUUCGAGAGCACGUUGAUUUCAUCACGCCAACUGUCCACUUUGACGCCACCGUCAAGUUGGAGAAAAAGCGAAGAGAUCUGGAAGGCCGAAGCCUGAAAAUUAAGCCGGUCACCCAGGUCAAAGAAAAUCCCAACCCCAUUGCAGAACUUGCCGUUCAGCAGCCUCAGGUCACGUUCAGUUUGGCGAAUUGCUUUACUUAUAUCACCCCGGAUUGUCUUCGAGCAUUGUACAAUUUCACAAAUGGUACAUUGGCACAAUCUUCAUAUGGUAUCGUUGAAUACACGCCGCAAGCUUAUCUGCAGUCUGAUCUGAAUCUGUUCUACUCCAAUUUGCAACGUCAAAUUUCAUCCGGGACAGGUCCGACUGUUGAUCUAAUUGAUGGCGCGAUUGUCCAGACCACAACUCAGAGCUUCAGUUACAACGGUGAAUCAGAUCUCGACCUUCAGUAUGCCAUUGCACUGGUGUACCCACAAAAGGUCACGCUGUACCAAACAGGUGACACUGUCGAGGGCGCUUCUUUCAAUAACUUCUUAGAUGCCAUCGAUGCAUCAUACUGCACUUCAGGCGGAGGAGAUGAUGCAACUUAUGAUGGCAUCUAUCCCGAUACAGCCUCAGGCGGCUACAAAGGAGCAGCAAACUGCGGUACCUUCGCACCUACCUCCGUGAUCUCAACCUCAUACGGGUACAACGAAGCCGAUCUACCCGCCGCCUACGAGGUCCGUCAAUGCAACGAGUAUAUGAAGCUCGGUCUCGCCGGGGUGACAGUUCUCUACUCCUCUGGAGACAAUGGCGUAGCAGGAAACAGCGCCGAAUGCUGCACCAGCGCCAAGUGCGCAGGAGGAACCCUCAACUCCGGCGGCUCAGGAACAUUCAACCCCUCCUUCCCCGGCACCUGCCCUUACAUCACGGCCGUAGGCGCCACGCAGAUCAAGCCCAACACAGCCGUCACAGCAACUAACCCCGAAGAAGCCUGCGAAACAGUAAUUUACUCCGGUGGCGGCUUCAGCAACGUCUUUGCCAUGCCUUCAUACCAAUCCUCCGCCAUCUCCACCUAUUUCACAUCCCACAAGCCCUCGUAUACAGCCACGCAAUACAAUAAUUCCCAAACCGUACGCGGCUUUCCCGAUGUGUCUGCCAACGGUGCCAACUAUGUUGUUGCUGCGGAUGGCUCCUUGUCAUUGGUUUAUGGGACGUCCGCUUCGGCGCCUGUGUUUGGAAGUAUUAUCACGCUGAUCAAUGAGCAGAGGAUUGCUGCUGGGAAGAGCGCUGUGGGGUUUAUUAAUCCGACCUUGUAUGCUAACCCCGGGGCGUUUACAGAUAUCACCACUGGGGGCAAUCAAGGGUGUGGGACGGCAGGCUUUACUUCUGUUGCUGGGUGGGAUCCCGUUACGGGGUUGGGGACGCCGAAAUAUCCUGUAUUGCUUGCGGCGUUUAUGGCGCUCGCUUGAUAUUAUGAGCUAUUCGCGACAGUAAUGGGCAGGGAUUAGCCCCUUUCUUGGGUGAACUCAAGGCGUCCUAUAGCAACCCGCUAUGGAGUUCUCUGAGAACUCGAUGACUUUUCAUUAAGAACACUUCAGGGAAAUGG